GUACAAACAAAAUUCUGUCGAAAUUCACACCAAGAUGCCAAGUAUGGAUGAUGAAAAUGUGUUCAGGUUACCUGAGAUCAAGGAUGAGAAAAGCUGUAGAAGACAUUCAGUAAUUGGUCUGGCCAACUUUGAACUCCCAAGUCUGAGAAAACGAAAGAGGAAAGUAGAUGAAGACACACUGAGUAUACAGAGCUUUGAUGUGGAACACAAGAAGAAGAGUAGGAGAUCUUUGUUAAGAGUGUCAUCACUGGCCAAUCUACUCUCUCCAUCAAAAGGUAGCAACAAACGAGGAUCAGAUGGCUUUCAGCGGUCCAUCAGUUUCAAGGUACCAUCUUCCCCUGCCAGCUCCAAGCAGAGCCUUACACCAUACAAGGCUCCUUCUCCAUCCCCAGCCAAGAGACGCCUAAGUCGGACAUGGAGUGACAUGAUGACUACCUCUGGCAUCAUUCCUAAAGAACUCAGCCAUAGGGACAUCAAGAAACAAGAGGCCAUAUAUGAACUGUACCAGGGGGAGAAGGACCUUGCAGAGGAUCUUGUCAACGUCAAGAAGACAUAUCAUGACUCAAUGAAGAAACUACAGCUUCUGUCUGAUGGAGAGUUACAGCAGAUUUUUGGUCCCAUUGACUCUCUGAUACCAGUUCAUGAAGACCUUGCGAUGAAGCUGCAGAACAAUCGUCGCCCUGAUGGUACCACUGACAGAGUUGGAGAGGUCUUAGUGGACUGGGUGCCCUCCCUGAAGGAGUAUGUGACCUUCUGUAGCAACCAGGUGUUCGGGAAAGCAUUGUUGGAUGAGAAACUGACCGACCCAGCUGUGGAGGACUUCCUUCAGAGGUGUCAGAAUUCACCCUUCAGUCGUAAACUUGACUUGUGGACCCUGCUUGAUGGAGCAAGGAGCAAGUUUAUCAAGUAUCCAUUACUUAUCAAGAGUAUCAAGAAAUAUACGCAGACAGAAGAUGAAGACACCCACUACCUCAAUGAAGCUAUCAAGCUUUCUGAGCGCGUGAUUGCAGAGGCAGACAAAAUGACAGGAGAGGCAAAGUGUCGAUAUUACAGAUCACGCAUCUCCUUCCUGUAUGAUGACGAUAAAUGUGAAGCACUGGAGCAGUCUUCCAUGCUUGUGUGUAAUGGAACCCUGAAAAACAACAAGAGCAGUAAGCUGUAUGUUUUCCUGUUUGACAAAGUGUUGGUUGUGACGCGGAUGGCAAAUCAUGGUGGUCACCAAGGCUUCCAGCUGUAUAGACAACCCAUCCCUGUUGACGAGCUUGUCCUUACCGACCUCAAAGAUGGAGAAGUCAAGAUGGGGUCCUUCCGCAGUGCCUUUGGUUCAGGACAGACAAGCAAAAAUGUGUUCCGAGUAUCCUUCCAAGACUCUAACAAGGGCCAGUCACAUACUUUGAUUGCAACAGACGAGCAUGACAAGAGACAGUGGGUCCAGUCCAUACAGAAGACUCUUUCCAGUAUGAAACGUGAGGAAGGAGAUGGUGAGGAGUCAAUAUCGAAAACGACAACAGCUGCAUCAACAACUACAGCAUCAACAACUGCAUCAACAACUACAGCAACAAUUACAGCAAAAACUACAGCAUCAACAACUACAGCAACAGCUACAGCAAAAACUACAGCAUCAACAACUACAGCAAAAACUGCAGCAACAACUACAGCAACGACAACCACCGAGUAGUUACAGCACUGACAAAUUAACAACUGUGUGAAAUUCUUGUUUGCCAUCUUCAAAAUUAGUGCUACACACCCUUGCUACUUUGAACAAAAAUGUUGAGACAUUUGAAGAAUGGACUGACUGUAUCUAGUAUGGUGAUACUCUUCAAACAUAUAAAAGUUCAGUGCGUGUGACUUUGACCACUUCUCUGUCCUCUGGGAAGUCAGUAAGGUCUUGUAAUAGACCAAUGUUUGUGAUAUUACUGUUUGUUUAAGUGGAGUUAGAGGUUUGGAGUUGUUAUGUUGCACCCCAUUACACUGCCCAGCAGGUAAAGGGGUGACUGGUUAUGUUUUUGUGGUAUUACUGGCAAUGUUUUAUUUUAACACAAGUUAAAGGGGGCCCUGUUAGCUUGGAGGAGCAGUCCUAGCAGAUGUAUGUGUUUUAUAGUACUUGUUCUUAUGGCAGACUCUGUGCCCCAGAUAUUGUCUGUAAGGUAAAACUUGUCUAAUCCAAAGGACACUUUCUUGACAUUGGCAGAAAACCU